UUUUAGGAUUAAAAAAAAAACUUGCUCUGUUUUCAAAAACAUCAUUCGAGACAGUAUCUCAAAUGGGUUAUUGUGUUCCUCUUCGAAAGUCUCCAACUUCACAUAUGGUUUUCUCUUCUUUCUUCCUUUCGUUUCUCUUAGUCUUCUCUAUACUCUCUUCACAAACGGCCGUAGCAUUCAUCGGAACAUAUGGUGUAAACUACGGUCGCAUAGCGGAUAAUCUUCCGUCUCCUGACGCGGUAGCAACUCUCCUUAAAUCAGCAAAGAUUAGAAACACCCGUAUCUACGAUGCUGACCACUCUGUACUCACGGCGUUCCGCGGGACCGGGAUUGAAAUCAUCGUUGGCUUAGGCAACGAGUUUCUCAAAGACAUUAGUGUAGGAGAAGACCGAGCCAUGAACUGGAUUAAAGAAAACGUCGAGCCUUUCAUACGAGGCGGUACUAAAAUUAGCGGUAUCGCGGUGGGUAACGAGAUUUUAGGUGGCACCGAUAUCGGGCUUUGGGAAGCUCUCUUACCCGCAGCCAAGAACGUUUACUCCGCUCUUCGCCGUCUCGGUCUUCACAAUGUCGUCGAGGUGUCGAGUCCACAUUCAGAGGCAGUGUUUGCGAACUCGUAUCCACCGUCUUCGUGUACGUUCAGGGACGAUGUGGCGCCGUUUAUGAAGCCGUUGUUAGCGUUUUUUUGGCAAAUUCAGUCGCCGUUCUACAUUAACGCCUACCCUUUUCUUGCAUAUAAAUCCGACCCGAUUACAAUUGACAUCAAUUACGCCCUUUUCGAGCACAACAAAGGCAUCUUGGACCCUAAAACCAAGCUUCAUUACGAUAACAUGUUCGACGCCAUGGUCGAUGCUUCUUAUGCUGCUCUCGAAAAAGCUGGCUACACAAAAGUCCCGGUGAUUGUUUCGGAGACGGGAUGGGCAUCAAAAGGCGAUGCAGACGAGCCUGGAGCGUCGGUAAAGAACGCGAGAACAUAUAAUCGGAAUCUUAGGAAGCGGCUGCAGAAGAGGAAAGGAACACCGUACAGACCAGACAUGGUGGUGAGAGCUUACGUGUUUGCUCUUUUCAACGAGAACUCGAAACCAGGUCCCACUUCCGAGAGAAACUUUGGCCUUUUUAAACCCGAUGGUACUAUUGCCUACGAUAUUGGCUUAACCGGACUCAAGUCCUCUUCUGCCACACGGUAUCGUUUUAAGUCGUCUCUUGUUUCCGCUUCUGCUUUCACGUGUCUUCUUCUUCUUUUUCACCGGUUGUUCCACUUGUGAGAUUUGUGAUUUUUUUAAUUGGUCCUUUGAUUAUCAAGUUAACCCGUAAUUCUUGAUUUGCUUGUGAUUAGUCACUUUUAACUUUAAAAUGUUAAUAUACGAGCUCCUAAUUACUUUGUGUAAUGUCUUCUUGAAAUGAUAUUGUUUAGUGAGGGUAAA